AUGACAGAAUCUCUGAAUAUCGCUGUCAUCGGAGCCGGCACCUCCGGCCUACUCACCGCCCGGGAGAACCACCGAGUCACCGUCUUUGAAAAAUCAAACCGUCUCGGUGGAACCUGGCUUUACGAACCCCAAGUCGAGGCCGACGAUGUUCUUCACCUCGACCCCAAUAGAUCCAUUGUCCACAGCAGUCUCUACUCAUCCCUCCGAACAAAUCUCCCUCGGCCACUAAUUAGUUUCUCCGAUUACUCAUUUGAAGACAAAUACUACGGUGAUCCGAGAAUGUUCCCCGGUCAUGAAGAGGUUCUAAAGUUUUUGCAGGAUUUUGCUAACGAGUUCGGAGUCACUGAGGUGAUUCGUUUUACCUCGGAGGUGGUGCGAGUCGACUCAUUAGAUGGUGAUUUUGUGGUGGAGUGGAAGACGAUGGAGGUGGGUUCGGUGGCUGAGGUGUUUGAUGCGGUGGUCGUUUGCAGCGGCCACCAUACUGAACCUCGAAUCGCGGAUGAUGUUCCUGGUAAUUUUACAGAUCGGCCGGCUCGCGUGACUUUUUAA